AUGAUAAGUAAACUCUUACUAUUAAUCUUCCCAACGUUCAUCUUAACCUCCCAUUUCAAUGGUGGAACGGUCACAUGGGGUCCGGUGAAUGCAACAGCAACGGGCAGUCCUAUUCAAAUCAGCAUCACUCAGACAUAUUCGUGGACAGCGGGUUUGAUUGAUUGUUCAAAUGCAAUGAUUGUCAAUCAUUCGUUAAUAGAUUAUAACACAUAUACUUCAUUGCCGGGACAAACAUUAAGCUGUACCGGUACCUGCAACUUCGGAACAUCAGGAAAUGCUCGAGGGUACAACAACAGUACGCCAAUCAUACCCUAUUGCACCGAUACAAAUCCCAAAAUGGGUACAGUUAUUGGUCAACGAACAGAUAUUGAAACAUUAUAUGUAAAUGAUGAUUUUACCGUUGCUUUUACUCCAACUGGAUCACAAGCUUGGAUUGGGCUACAGGGUGCAAGUGCAUCUGCCAAAUGGAGUAUAUCUACCGAAAUUGAUUUACAUCUGAGGCCGGAUGGGUAUUAUAAUAGUGCGCCUAUGGCAACAAUGAUGUCGCCUAUUAAUAUUCCAUUAAACCAGCUGCAAGUCAUCAAUAUACCAGUAUCAGAUAAUAAUGACAAUGAUAUUCUCAAGUGUCGUAUAGCAGUUGGUUCAACAGAAUGCGGCGACACUUGUCCACCUGGAUCGUUACCAGCAAAUGCGGUAGUAUAUCCAAACUGCACCAUUACUAUGACAGGAACCACAAAUAAUUAUUACUACGCAGUAGCAAUAAUGGUCGAGGAUUAUUACGACAAUUCGAGUACAACACCGAUGAGCGCGACACCGGUCCAAUUUCUUGUUCACGUAGUGAGCGCAUCGUCGUGUUUAACCGGUCCAGUAGUAAUUGGUGUUCCUGCUGAGCUAUCAUGUACUCCUGCACAAGUUGGAGUUCCAGUGGUUACACAAAUAGUUGCAAUAAAUUAUUGUCCUAGUAAUACAAAUAUAACUGAAAUAUCAACCCUGUCAAUCCCGGGUAUGGGCAAAGUUCAACUUCGUCAACAUCAUCAUCUAGCACAACAUCAACAGAUUCUACCACUUCAAGUUCAACGAGCACGUCGAGUACUACAUCGACUGCAACAUCGACGAGCACUUCCACGUCCACUUCAACGACAUCAAGGUGAGUAG